CCACCCAAUUAGAAAUGUGAAAGGAGGCGUGACGCAACAGCGAAUCCACUGCGCUGUUCGUACUUAAGUAGGUAAAACGCUUAAGUUCAGUGUACUUAAUUGUCGAUUUAUGGUCCGGAAGAAGGUGGAUAAGGGGUGAUUUCGCAUGGUUUGGGACACACGGGGAAAAUGACAACGGUGGGAGAUGCUGCGUUAGAAACUAGAGAAAACAUACCGUUACAGAAAGGAAGGAAAAAUGCAGGUUUGUGUAGCUGUAGCGAGGAUUAUUUGAGCGGGUUCAAAUUUAUUAAUAUUGCUUUUGGGAGUUUGACUGUGAUUAUUACGGCGGCAUUGUUGGUUCAGAUUUAUUAUGGAGACUACCAGGUAACUCCCCACGGCAGCGUAGCCACUGACAGUCUCGAAUGUUCAAAAAUAGGUACUUCAAUUUUGAAAAAAGGCGGGAAUUCGAUUGAUGCUACCAUCGCUAGUGCGUUAUGCCUGUCUGUUGUCACCCCACACUUGACGAGCCUCGAUGGAGACGCUCAAAUGCUUAUCUACAACCACAGGACGCGUCUAACUCCUGACGUCAUCGAUUUUAACAAUGGGAACCCGGAUGCUGAACAUUUACUACCUCGACUGGUCCUGGGGCUAGCAUUCGUGCACCAACAGUAUGGUUCUUUACCGUGGAAGGAGUUGGUACAACCUGCUGCUGAUCUAGCCAGACAGGGCUUUCUUAUACCAAAAAUGUUGGUCCAAGCUAUCAAAGAAGCCAAAGCUGAAGAUCUCUAUAGACGUUUAGAACCUGGACAACUUCUACAGUUGGAAGCUUUGGGCAACACGCUGCAACAAAUCGCCAACAUUCCAGAAAAAGAUCUUUACACUUUCGUCAACCCAAAUAAUCAACCAGUAUUUUCCCAAGCUUUGAGGUACACUUUCAACGGGUUUGACAUAUAUGUACCUGGUACCCCCUCUACAGGUCCAGCCCUAUUAUCAAACAUACGUCAACUCGAAAGUUUUAAUUUUACACAGAGUGACACUCUUAACACGGAAUACGUGUAUCGACUGGCUGAAGUCACCCAGAAUUUGUACGACGACUUAAAUAUGACGACCAAGUUCCACGAAGGAACUUCCACCAACGUGGCUGUGAUGGAUCUGGACGACAAUUACGUGUCGUUCACAACGGGUUUGUACACCUUCUUCGGCGCUGGAGAAAUCACCACCAGUGGGUACACGCUUGAUGUUCGCCCCAGACCUACGCGUUGUACUCGUCUCCCUAUUAUAAUCACGGAUGCGAACGCCAUCUGUGGGCGGCGGCUCGUUUUAGGGGCGAACGACAUGGCAUUGGCCACUCAAUUGAUAAUGGCGCUUUUGGUGGCCAAUCACAACGUGAGCAUCGCGGUGGAAGCGGCGCGUUUCCACAUUUUGAAUAACGGGAGUGUGGGGAUUGAGGGUUCGCACACGCCCCUGUUCUCUGAGGAUGUGUUGAAGUAUCUCGAGACGUUGACGGCCCGGCCGAUUUUGGAGCCCGAGCCCUAUAUGAGCAGUAAUGUGGUGGAGAAGGUCAAGGAUGAUUUGAAUUCGCACUCGGAUAGUAGGGGAGGGGGGAUAGCGAGCAGGUUUUAGGUCUGAUGAAAUAAAAGAGUUGAGGAUAGCUGUGUCUUUCUUAAAUAUUUAUUCUAACAUCACUAUUCAUGACUUACUUCAAAAUUAAUGAAAAAAUAUAUAACAGCCAUUAAUUAUAAAUUAUUUUACAUUUAUGUUUCCUAUAAAUAAAGAUAGCUUCUAGUAAUGAGAA